AAGCCCCCUUGCUUCCAGCGAGAACUGGGCGGAAGCGUUGUUCCUGUUUCAGGGAGGGGUUCGGUCAUAGCCGGGCUUCCUGGAGAUUUUGUCGGUUGCUGCCGAUAGCUGCAGAUCCGGAGCACUACAUUCACCGCCAGCAUGGGAACCCGGGACGACGAAUACGACUAUUUGUUCAAAGUGGUGCUGAUCGGUGAUUCUGGAGUUGGGAAAAGUAACCUCCUUUCUCGCUUUACCCGUAACGAGUUUAAUCUAGAGAGUAAAAGCACCAUCGGUGUGGAGUUUGCUACAAGGAGCAUCCAGGUGGACGGUAAAACAAUCAAAGCUCAGAUUUGGGACACAGCUGGACAGGAAAGAUACCGCGCAAUCACCUCUGCGUACUAUCGAGGAGCUGUAGGUGCUCUGCUGGUGUAUGAUAUUGCCAAGCAUCUUACCUAUGAAAAUGUGGAAAGGUGGUUGAAAGAAUUGAGGGACCAUGCAGACAACAACAUAGUCAUCAUGCUGGUGGGGAACAAGAGUGACUUGCGCCACCUCAGAGCAGUGCCGACUGAUGAGGCCCGAGCAUUUGCAGAAAAGAAUGGUUUGUCCUUCAUUGAGACUUCAGCCCUGGACUCGACAAAUGUGGAGGCUGCUUUCCAGACCAUCCUGACAGAAAUUUACCGCAUUGUGUCUCAGAAGCAGAUGUCUGACAGACGUGAAAACGACAUGUCCCCAAGUAACAACGUUGUCCCCAUACAUGUCCCACCCACCACUGAAAAUAAACCAAAGAUGCAGUGCUGUCAGAACAUAUAACGGCUGGUGCCUGCACAGUGCCAGGCUUCAGUUUCCUGUGUCCAGCUCUGGUGGGGCCAGGCCCAAUACCUGUGCCCAGUUCUAGAGGUGCCAGGCUCUGUAUAUUCCCCACGUCCUGCACUGGACUCUUUGGAAUUCUUUUUUUUUUUUCCUUUUUUUUUUUUUUUUGUUAAUAUAUUUUUUUGUUUUGUUUUGAGUGUAUGUGUG